CGCCGCGCUGCGUGCAUGGAGGAAGCAGCUGCUGAUCUUUUGACACACACACAUUCACGCACUUACACACACAGACACACAGCACAACACGAGAGAGAAAGAGAAGGCGACUGCAUGAACGCAGCGAGGCUCCGUCGGCGGACACGACCUUAGAAUGCACGAGUAUCCUCUCGGUUUGAUGGGUCCAAUAAUCGGCAUGUCUCCAGAUAAGAAAGCUGAAUCUCCAGGAUCUCAGGGUGUGUGUGGAGCAGGGACUCUCCCAGAAGCAGAAAGCGCCUCCAGCCCUAUGGCCACUAGCCUGGACCGAAUUGGCCCUGCCGGAGUGGCAGGUGUGUCUAGGGCGGAGCCCGAGGACGAUGAGUUGACCAAUCUGAACUGGCUCCAUGAGAAUCUCUUGCAGAACUUCACUCUGGGAGGACCUGAAGCCCAGUCCUGCAGUGGGCCCUUGUUUGACAUUGAGGGCAGUAUUAGUUCACCCCAUGGCCACAGUUUGUCUUCAUCCUCCUCUUCUUCUGUUUCAUCUGGAAGUCCAGGCAGUGAAAGAGAUCCCCUCAAAUCGAAGCCACCUUUUUCCUUCUCGCUUCUCAUCUACAUGGCUAUUGAGCAGUCUCCUAGCAAAUCUCUUCCUGUAAAAGACAUCUAUGGCUGGAUUCUGGAACACUUUCCUUAUUUCUCUAGUGCCCCCACUGGCUGGAAGAACUCGGUGCGCCACAACCUGUCCCUAAACAAGUGCUUCCGCAAGGUUGAGCGAAGCCUAGGGAAGACCAAUGGGAAAGGCUCUCUGUGGUGUGUUCAUCCUGAGUUCCGGCCCACUCUGAUGCAAGCCCUGAAGAAACAGCAUUUCCCAAAUGCACACGCCUUGUACACCCCACCUGCCUCUCCUCCCAGUGCCUCAUCUCCUCCACGUCACCUGUUCACCCUGGAGCAGGGAUACUCUACGAAAGAAUCUGAUUUUGAUGCUGCCACUGCAAUGAUGCUCUUAAAGUCUGCCUCUGAGCAGAACAUUGACCCAUGUGAUCAAGAGGGGCCCAUUGACCUGUCACGCAGGGACCUGGUAGUUGUGAGUCGGGACCCAAAACAGGACCACACCUACAGCAGCUCUUCUGUUUCCCGUUCACCACAGCAGAUGCCUCGCUGCCAGGCUGUAGUCUCUAGUCUGAUUGCGCAUGUGGAGCAAGAGAGAAGGGGUCCAGCCCACAGCAGUGAUUACACACCCUGGGGUCAUCCAUCAGGGAAGCGGGCCAGACAAGAGUCCAGGCCCGAGGUGGACGAGGAGCUGAAGGAGGCAGCAGGAUCUCUCCUGCACCUGGCUGGCAUUUGCACCAGUCUGGGCGCAUCAAAACGCAAGAGCAGAAAGCUCAACAGUAAAUGAACCCCAGAUUCCCCAGCCUGCUGACCCCUUUACCCCUGACCCCUUAAUAUGUGACUUGUUUCUGUGGCCUGUCAGGCCUCUCUCCUCUGGUUCUCUUCUUUUUGAAGUUAGUUUGUUUGAUUUUCUUUUUUUUUUCUUCAAAACCUGGAUCAAAAUAUCCUCGUCAUCUCAUCAAUUAGGCAAUACUAACACAUACACAGGAGAGAAAAGCCAUAGUGACAAUUUCUUUUGUUGUACAGAAAAGAAUGGAAGAAAAGAAAAGAUGGACGUUCCAACAAACCACCACCAACAUAAGUUAUGUAAGAGUAAAAGGGUGUGAGAACGUUGGAAAACAAACAAAAAAAGAUUAACCCAGAGGAGAUUUGCAUGCUUCCACAUCUAAAAACAACACAAACUUAUUUAUACUGAGAAUGAAUGCAUGGAUUUCACAGACUCCCAAGUGGCUUGGGCUUCAUCAUAAAGAAAAAAUGCUAAAUAUGAAAAAAGAAAAAUGAAAGUGCCAUUGAUUUUGGAUCUUAAGACUUUGGUUGCGAAAUCCGAUACAAAGAUAAAUGCAAUAAUUAGUUGACCUAAAUACUUGUAGUUAUUUUAUUUUUGUACUGCUGUUUUUUGUAUUUUGUCUGGUGAAGAUGGCAUGUCCCCUGGAGCCCUGUGCUGUCACAGCUAUGAUGUCAAAACCAUGUGACUUUCCUGUUCAUCCUGAUUGGAUCAGCACCGUAAUCCUGCCCUCCUGAGCAGUAUGGUUAUUGUGUCAUGCAGUUGUGGAGAUUAACAGCCUGAAAGCAAAGCUGUUGCUCUUUGCAUGCACAUUCACAUCAGUAUUUAUUCACCAUUUAUCUGUGUAGUCAGCGUAGUCAUGUGCCAUCACGUUCACCAAUUUAACUCCCAGUUCACAGUAAUGUUGCUUUAGCGUUAAAGCAAGCAUAGGAGACAACAUGGAGAGGCAGAUAGGACCUCUUUCUGUGUUCUCCAACCCAUUAAGUUGUUUAAUCUCUGCCAUUUAAAUAAUAAUCAUCAUCAAUAACCGCUUCUGGGGCUUUUUCUUGUUUUCUGGUGUGAGCUCUGAGAGCAGUCACAGAAGACUAGCUAAAAAAAGCCCUGAGUGGACAGUUGUGGGAGCUGUGAAAACUGCUGCUUCUGAGUGAGAGGUAGCCUAGCGCUCCACUGCACAUACAACCUCCAGAGAUUUCUCUAUGCUUGAGAGGAAACCAGAGACAAUGGAGACUCUGGUAGAAAAGCGGCUGUGGGUCAGACUGAGGCAGCCAAGAGAGGAAAAAACACACGUUUCUACAGCUCUUUUUGGGAGGAAGUCAUGGGAACUGACUUACAGGAAGUUGAGCUGAUGAGAGAGGAAGUUGAAAUGUGUGGCGGAGGUGCUGAGCGAGGUUAGAAAUGACUGCAGCAUGCUGAUCAGAAUAUUCUUCUGACCAAGAGUGGAUCUGAUCUGAGCACAGUGCAGACUCUAUACUGGACUUUAUGGACUCUUUGUCCAAACUUAUUUUGUUUUUGUUUUUUUGUUGUUUUUUUUUUUCUCUUCAUGUCUUUGGAAUAUUCUCAAGGAUACUAUUGACCACUGCAAUUUUUUGAGGGGUUUCAGGUUGCAUUCAGGUUUUAAAUCUGCCUGAGUAAGUUAAAUACCAUUGCCAUUUAUUUCUAGUUAAGUUAACAUUAAACCAUGUUAAUCAGCCACUGCACCUGGCAGGCCAGUAACUGGUACAUGACUGCUGAGCCUAUUGAACAAAGGCAGCUACUAACACAGCGGCUACUAAAAGGGGGUAUACAUCGAUUUUUUUUAUUUUUUUUAAACAUUUCUCCAUAAUUUAAUACUUCUUGUAUUCAUUCAGAGUUUGAUGUGAAAUGUUUAACUGUAGAGAAACUUACAGUCUCUUUUUUUAUUUAUUUAUUUUUGAUAAUGGUGGUGAUAUAAACCAGGUGUUGCAGUGUGUACUGUGCAAGAGAACCUAACUGUGUCUUCUGAGUUUUUAUCUGUGAAGUUGCUAAUGUAAAAUAGUGGUAUGUCCAAAAAGAAUAUCUGGAGAUUUUGCCUACAGCGCCCUGCAAGUACCUGUCUGACAUUAAUAGAUUUUAAUAUGUUGUAGGCCAAAAGAUUUUCAUAAAAUUAUUGUAAAACAGUGUCUCAGGCACCAGGCAGCUUAUCUAUAACCAUUUCAUGUAAUAGCUUCCUGUGAGGUAGCAUUUUAGAGGCAUUAAACACUUCAGAUGCUGAGUUCCUGUCAUCACCACUGUGAACAGUUUUUUUUUGUAGAAUGGAGCACUUCACAUCAUAUACCUCUGAAUGACCCUGUUUACAUCUUAACAAUGUAAUUAUGAGGAAGUUUUUAAAAAUCGAUGGAAUUUCCCUUUAAACUGCCUGCUGUUGUGAAGUUGUUGUCCAGCCUCUUUCACCAAGGCUACCAAUUUCCCUUGAUCUGUACAUAGUGAUAACACAGAAUGCAAGUAUUAUUAGAGAGGGUUUAGUGGAGGGCAGAGCUGUAGUACUUUGAAGGUAAUGAAAGCAGGCACUUGCUUCUCCCAGACCAGGAAUAUUGAAUUAAAGAUUCAGUGAAUGAAUUAAAUUAAAGAAACAGGCGAGUGAUAGUUAUUUCCCUAUUAUUAUUAUUAUUAUUAUUAUUAUUAUUAUUAUUAUUAUUAUUAUUAUUAUUAUUAUUAUUAUUAUUAUCAUUAUUAUGCUCCACAGAUUCAGAGCUGCCAAUCCAAUCAGUUUGCUCACAUAUGUCUGCCAUGUCUGUCUGACAGACUCAACCUUUUGGUUUUGUAAGCUAACCUCUGUUAAUAAAAUGUUUAUAAAGUUUAUUUUUUGCCAAAGAUAUGCAAUUGUUGCAUUAUAUAUGGUAUUACAGAAUAAAAAAGGUUUCUUUUA